AAAAGGAAGAAGAUUUGAGAAUACUCAAAAAAGCUCAAAAACCAGAAGAAAAAGAAGCAAAAAUGGGGGAUUAUCAUUUUAUAUAUAAAGAUGUAGAAGGAGCAUCAACACAAUGGGAUGAUAUUCAAAGAAAGCUUGGCAAUUUACCUGAAAAACCACCUGCUUUCAAGCCACCAUCCUUCACUCCAGCUCCUGAUCAAGAUUCCAUCCCCAAAGAUAAAUCUUGGAUUAAUACUAAAACUGAAGAGGAGCUCGAAGAACUCGAGGAUGAUCUCGAUGACGAUCGAUUCCUCGAACAAUAUAGGAAGAAGAGGUUGGCUGAGAUGAGCGUACAAGCUAAAGUUUUGAAAUUUGGAUCAGUGGUUCCAAUUUCAGGGUCUGAUUUUGUUAGGGAAGUUUCACAAGCUCCACCUGAUGUUUGGGUGGUUGUUAUUCUCUACAAAGAUGGGUAUCAGGAAUGUGGAGUGCUGAUGCGAUGCAUGGAAGAAUUGGCGACUAAGUAUCCGGCUACGAAGUUUGUUAAGAUUAUUUCUACGGAUUGUAUACCGAACUACCCAGAUUGUAAUCUGCCCACUUUGUUGGUGUACAAUAAUGGUGCAGUGAAAGCAAAUUAUGUGGGCUUACGUAGUUUUGGCCGGAGAUGCACUCCUGAGGGUGUGGCCUUAGUUCUCUGUCAAUCCGACCCUGUAUUAAAUGAUGGUCAGAGCGGAAGUGAUGCAUCGAGAGAAGCUGUCAUGGAUGGAAUUCGGAGGAGGCUCAUAGAAAAAGUUGUCAAGCAGCAUGAAAAUGGCAAUGAUGAUGGAUCCUCAAGUGAUUAGAAUUCUGGUAGUUCUUAAUCAGAAUUGCUUCGAAGACAGCUUAAGUGUACUUUAUGUAAUCAGAGUUUUUCUUUUUCUUAUUUACUUUAUUGUGGUUAUCAUGAUGCUGUUUGUGCGAGAAUUUUUAUUAUUUAUUGGUACUGUAUUGGAUUGUUGUUGCUAAA